AUGAAGUUCACCACAUCCUCCUCGCUCCUCUCUCUCCUCCCCACCCUCCUCCUCCUCGUCGACCCCUCCAGCGCCCUCGUCCUCUCCAAACGCGCCAACACUCCCCUCCUCUCCAGCAUCGCCUCCGCCAACACCAGGCCCCAAGACUCCUCAAAGUCCGCACCCAAAUACACCAUCGAGGUCCCCCGAGUCUCGCAGGCAUGGUGCGGUCACACUCCCCCUGCCGAGAACUUCACCCCCCGCCCCAUGGCACUGCCCACCGACGCCGUCAAGCACCCGGGCUCCCUCCUCUUCACCGACGCCAUGAUUCGAAACACCCUCGAAAAGGCCGCGGCGGUGGCGGUCAAUGGUCAGGCAUUGCAGUUCGGUUUCAACAAGUACCCGCGCACGUUCAAGAACGAGAACCGCGCGGAGUGGCUGCCACGCGGGCCAAUGAUCGCCGGUGCGCCGGGCGAGCUGUAUGAGUUUCCGAUCAUGCCGAGUGGGGAUCCGCCUACUGUGACCGCGGGAGUGCAGGCUCCAGCAGGUAAGCAGGGCCCGUUUCGUGUUAUUUACUCGGUUUCAGGCGAGAAUCCAAAGGUGUUCAGAUUUUACGGUGUGGUAGGUUCUCGAGCUCUUUUUUCUCUCCCUCCCGCUCGCUCGCUCGCUGCUACUCUUCCCCGCCGCAUGAUGCCAAUUAACACCCUCCCAGACCGAGCAUCCUCCACACUCGCCCAGAGACACCAUCCUCUGCCCAAGCAACAAGCAGGCCGUGCCCUCAAAAGGAAACCCCAGCCAGAUGUCCAGCAAGCAACUGAGCGAUGGCGGAAAGAAAAGCGCCCAGCGAAUCGUCAGCCAGAGGGCAGAAACAUCUAA